AUGUACCUCUUGCUUUUCACUCUUCUUCCUGUUGUGCUGCGCAGCCUGGCUCAUGCCACGGAUAGCAGCAGUGACGUUUUGGAGAACACACACACGGCCACCAAUGAACUGUCCUUCCCAUGGAGCAAAGUCAGACUUCCAAAUUACAUCGUGCCUAUACAUUACCAUCUACUCAUCCAUCCCAACCUUACAACACUUAGAUUCAAUGGUUCAGUUAGCAUUGAGAUUGAUGUGAAGAACAAUACCAACUGGGUGGUCUUGCACAGUAAAAAUUUGGAGAUCACCACGGCAACAGUUCUCGAUGAGAAAGGGGAUCACCUGUCGGAUAAAGUCCUUCCUGUCUUGGAAUACACUCCACAUGAGCAAAUAGGGAUCUUUUCUCCAAAGAUUUUAACCUCUGGAGAAAAGUAUUUUUUAUACCUGGAGUUUGGUGCUCCGUUGGCGGACGGGUUUUAUGGCUUCUACAAAAGUACAUACAAGACAAAACAAGGAGAAACAAGGUUUAUGGCCUCUACACACUUUGAGCCCACUUCGGCGCGAAUGGCCUUUCCGUGUUUUGAUGAGCCCAUUUUCAAAGCAAACUACUCAAUCAGAAUAAGACGUGGACCCUCACACGUUGCCCUGUCCAACAUGCCUAUAGAGCAAACAGUGAAAGUGAGUGACGGACUCCUAGAGGACCACUUUGAGCCCAGUGUUCGGAUGAGCACGUAUUUGGUGGCCUUUAUACUGUGUGACUUCAAAUCUGUUAGUGGAAGAACCUCAACUGGAAUAGAUGUCUCUGUCUAUGCUGUUCCAGAUAAAUGGAACCAAACCCAUUAUGCUCUGGAAGCUGCAGUGAGAAUUUUGGAAUUCUAUGAGAAGUAUUUCAACAUAUACUAUCCCCUUCCCAAACUCGAUUUAAUUGCUAUCCCUGAUUUCCAGUCUGGUGCUAUGGAGAAUUGGGGUUUGACCACUUACAGGGAGACCUCUCUCCUCUAUGAUCCCAGUAUCUCCUCUGCUUCAGACCAGCUGUGGGUCACCAUGGUGAUAGGCCAUGAGCUGGCCCAUCAGUGGUUUGGAAACUUGGUUACUAUGGAAUGGUGGAAUGACAUUUGGUUGAAUGAGGGAUUUGCCCGCUAUAUGGAGUUUGUUUCUGUUGAUGCAACAUACCCAAAGCUCAGAGUGGAGGACUAUUUGCUGGACACUUGCUUUGCCGCGGUUGGACGAGAUUCGCUCAACUCUUCGCGGUCAAUAUCCAGCGCUGCAGAAAACCCCACUCAGAUUAAAGAGAUGUUUGAUACAGUGUCCUAUGACAAGGGAGCAUGCAUUCUGCACAUGCUCAGACACUUCCUGUCAGAUGAGGUCUUCCAGAGUGGCAUUGUGAGGUAUCUGAGAAGGUUCAAGUACAGAAAUGCCAAAAAUGAAGAUCUUUGGGAAAGCCUUGUCAACACGUGCUCCGAAGAUGACUUCACAUCUGGAGAAUACUGUUACAGCAGCAAUCAAGCAACAAAGAAUGCGUACCGCUACGCCGGGGAGCACAUAGACCUGAAGGAGAUGAUGCAUACCUGGACCCUACAGAAGGGCAUGCCUUUGAUCACUGUUAAACGACAGGGUUCAAAACUUCACCUUCAGCAGGAGCGUUUCCUAAAGACCAUUCAGCCCACUGAUCCCGUCUGGCCUUUACUACAGAAAGGGUACUUGUGGCAUAUCCCUCUAACGUACAAAACCAGUCACUCAACGCAUGAUGUGAAGCAUAUUAUGAAAACCAAAACAGAUGUCAUUCGUCUGGACGGGGAUGUAGACUGGGUAAAGUUCAACACUGACAUGACUGGAUAUUACAUAGUUCAUUAUGAAGGGAAGGGUUGGAAUGACCUGAUCAAGCUCUUAAGAGUUAAUCACUCUGCACUGAGCUUUAAAGACAGAGCCAACCUCAUUCACAAUGCAUUUCAACUGGUCACCGCUGGGCGGCUGUCGCUUACCAGCGCCCUCGAUCUGAUCAGCUACCUGAAGUCGGAAACUCAUAACGUUCCACUUCUGCAAGGCCUGGGAUACCUCGAAACUUUUUACAAAAUGAUAGAGAAGAGAAACAUUGCAGACGUCACUCAGAACCUAAAGACCUACAUCCUACAGUAUUUUAAAGAUGUGAUUGACAAGCAGACGUGGAGCAAUGAGGGAACGCUCUCUGACAGGAGGCUGCGAUCUAAUGUUCUAUCCCUGGCCUGUGAUCUUGGUUAUCCACCCUGUCUGGAGAGGGCCAAGGGCUUCUUUGACGACUGGGUGAAAUCCAACAGCACUCUCAGCUUGCCCUCUGACCUGAUGGAGACUAUCUACGUGUCAGGAGCACAGAGUGAUGAAGGCUGGGCCUACCUUUUGGAGAGAUACAGCAACUCCAUAUGUGCAACAGAGAAAUACAAACUCCUCUCGGCUUUAGCCAGCAACAGGGAUUUAGAUAAACUGGCACGGUUGUUGGAGCUUGGAAUGGAAGGAAAAGUUAUAAGAACUCAGGAUUUGUCUACAGUCAUAUACAUUGUGGCCAGAAAUCCAGCAGGACAUUUCCUGGCUUGGAACUUUGUGAAGAAGAACUGGGAUGAACUGGUGAAAAAGUUUCAGUUGGGAUCUUUCAGUAUUAGAAACAUUAUUAUUGGUACCACAGCUCAGUUUUCCUCUAGAGAGGAGUUGGCUGAGAUCAAGGCCUUUUUCGAGUCCAUACGGGAGCAGUCGUCUCAACUCCGUGCCACUCAGGUUGCCUUGGAGAACGUCGAGAAAAAUAUCCAAUGGCUGGAGAGGAAUUUGGAGACCAUGAGGACUUGGCUUCAAACAAGACUGGGUUAAAGAAAGUCCAGUAUC